AUGGCAUCUUCGUCUUCCUCCGUUCCUGCUGCGUUGCUGGCCGCACCUGAAGACAUCGCUCCUCUCCCACUCAUCUGGUGCCCUAGAUGCAACCUUGAUGUGAUCCAGUGGUUCAUCUCUGAGACCCCCAUGAAUCCCGGUCGUCAUUUCUACAAGUGCCAGUUCCGCGAUAUCGAGCGUUGCAACUUUUGGAAAUGGGAGAACAAGUACAUCGACUACCUACGUGCUCGUUGGUCGCAUGUGUUUCUUCCUGCACCUCCUCCUGCCGUUCAAGCCCCCACCAUGAUCCUCCAUGAGAUUCAGUCGGACAUGAAGAUUGCACUUGCCGUCUCCCUUGGUAUUCUUGCUACUGUGAUGAUGAUCCUUGUAUCCAAAAUGUAA